AUGCAUUACUACGUAUUUUAUUCAACAAGAACAUCUAGAAAAAAGUUGCAGCAAAACACCUAUGACAAGAGAUCAAAUUCACCUCUCGGUUUCACAUUUUGUAAUGUCGAUGAAGAGGAUGAAGAAAAAGAAAUCCAGAGUCAACCCAUGACAAGGUCUCAGAAGAGACUGCCAAAGGAGUUUUAAAUUGUACCAAAUAAGAGACGGUUUUUCAUAUGA